AUGCCGAUCCCCAUCCCGAAAUCUCAGCGCUUCUGGCGCAUUUUCCUGCUUUCUCCUCUGCUUCUUCUUGUCAUCUAUCUCCUGAUUCUGGGCUGGACCCCGAUAUCCCAGUCUAUCCCAGCACAAAUCCCCCUGUCACCACCGCCGCCCGAGUCGGAAGCGAAGCCAUUACCGCUGAAGAAUAUCCCCGAAACAACACCAUUAUCGCGCCCGACAGCACCAUCCGUGCCGUUGCUAGACGCCGAAUUCGCGACCACCAUUCCCGGCAUUCCUGAUAAGGUCUGGCAGUCCGCGAAGGAUACCGUGCUGAGCGGUGACCAACUCCAGUGGACGCGCAGCUGGACGGAGAAGAAUCCGUCGUUCCGUCAGGAGCUGUUGACGGAUAAGUCAAGCGAGACAUUUGUGCGGAACCGGUUCGAGAAAACACGGCCUGAUAUCGUCGAGCUAUAUAAUUCCCUGCGUGUGGCUAUCCUCCGUGCCGAUCUACUGCGGUAUCUGAUCCUGCUUGCAGAGGGGGGCAUCUGGAGCGAUCUCGACGUGACGUGCGAGCUGGAAGUGAGUCGGUGGAAUAUUUCGAAGGUUCUCGCUGCCAGCAAUGAGCCUGUCGUGGAUAUGAUCGUGGGACUGGAGUUUGACCUGGACUGGCGCGGGGAAGGGUCCCAGGUCGCGUCGCAGUUCACCAACUGGGUCUUCGCUGCGCGUCCGUCGUCCCAUCAUCUCGAGUACAUCGUCGAUAUGAUCGCUGAUAAACUGCGGCUCAUCGCGCAUGAAAAUGGGGUCGGGAUCGACGGACUCACCCUGGAGAUGCUGCGGCAGGAAGUGGUUGAUGUGACGGGGCCCAAGAUCAUGACUAUCGGUCUUUUGAAGAGUCUCAGUCUUCGGCUGGAGAAGGCCGUGGAUGACCGUAAUUUCUCGCACAUCAAGGAGCCACGCCUGAUUGGCGACGUGCUCAUUCUUCCUGGAAAUGCAUUUGCCGCCGCGCAGAACGGAUAUCCCGAUGACCAGGGGGAGAAAUUUGUCUCGCAUCACUACUCUGGGUCCUGGAAGGCCGAGGCAGCCGAGGCGCGAGAGAAAUGGAAGCAGGAGAAGGAGUCUGGGAAAUCAGCAGGUAAAAUGGCAUAG